AUGGCGGGUACCGGCUCCUCAGCAACAGAACCACCCUUUUCCUGCGGAUCCCAUGAUACUGCAAUAUGUGUCGUUCCUCCAAGAUCGUUAUGGGGGACUGUUGAUCGAUUACGGUCGCUCUACGACAAGGCCUAUGAAAAGUGGCCGCCUCACAUAAAUCUGGUUUAUCCGUUCGUCAAGGUCGACAGCCUCGAGCAAGCGUCAGCGCGAAUCUCAUCUUGCCUAGCAGCAAGCAAUGAGAUCCGCAAUGGCACAUUUCCUGUCUCACUCAACGCUGUUGACGUGUUUUCACAUCGACAUGACAACACCGUCUUUGUCCAUGAUAACGACGCGAGUCGGACGUCGAGAUUAGAGAGCCUCCGAAAUUUGGUGCUUGAGGCAUUGGGUCAACGUGGUAGUGCAUACCGUAUGCAUUUGACUAUUGGGCAAAGCGAGGACAUCAGUUCGGCACCACACGGAUUCUUAUUGCAAAAGGCAAGCCUGAUCCCUGCCCUCAAUUGGGAUGUCCAAGAACUCUGUCUUCUGGUCCGCGAACGCACACACAUUGACGGCAAUUCAUCCAGUCGCAUGAAGGUAUGGGCCACCAUCAGCCUGAAGGAUUUUUCAGUCCACCGAAUGUCCCCUACUGCCGAGCUCUAUGAGGGAAUACGGCUCAAGGCGCCUUCGGACGAACUUCAAGAGUGUAUCACUGGGAAUAGUGACAGAACCUGGCCACCAUUUUAUUACUCCGCCGGGGCUCAGGCAUGGAAGCCCCACCAUACUACAGUUACGGAAGAAGAACGAGACACGCCAGAAAAUGUUCGCAUCGCGAGCUAUAACGUGCUGGCUGAGUUUGAAUACCCCCCGUCACACUUGCGAUAUCCUCUUCUACUUAAAAAUAUACUCGACGAAGCGGCGGUGGCGGAUGUGUUGGUUCUUCAAGAGGUUACGGACGAUUUUCUCAUCUAUCUACUGCAGGAUGGUGCAAUACGCCGGGAGUAUCCCUUUGUAUCACACGGACCGCCAGAUCAAGAAGACAUCGACCCCCUACCAAGUCAUUUGAACGUUGUGGUCUUAAGCAAGUGGUCUUUCUCGUGGAAAUGGAUAUCCUUUCGAAGAAAGCACAAGGGCUCCGUGGUUUUGCAAUUCGAUCACCUUGGAAAACGUGUCGACGAUACCUUCGUUCCCGUUAUCUUGGCCACUGUCCAUCUUACAUGCGGGCUCACAGACGGCUCAGUCGCUGCCAAGAAAAUUGAGUUGCAAAAUAUCAUCAAGUAUUUAACAGAGGCCUACCCGCACAACCCCUGGAUCCUAGCUGGUGAUUUCAACAUCACAACAAGCACUUAUACGAUCGGAGCGGCAUUGCAGAAAAAAGCAAUAUCAUCGCAGACUGCGAAGUACCUCGCCAACCUCGAAACCAUGCUGACAGAGUCCGGCUUGUCAGACACGUGGAUGAUAGCCCGGCUCGAGAACCUCGCGUUGAUGCCAAGCGAUGAUGACCAUCAUCUAAACCUCUCAGAUGCGUUUGAGGGCGAAGAAGGCGCCACGUUCAACCCGGUAGUAAAUGAACUUGCUGCUGCCAUCGUUGGGAGUGGUUUCAAUAAUCGACCCCAGCGGUACGACAGGAUUCUGGUCAAGAGUGCUGAAACGUUCUCCAUCAGCGGCUUCAAUAUGUUUGGUCAACAUGCUGGAAUAGCAGACGAAAACCCGCAGGAAUACUCGUCUAGCGAUCAGAAAAUCGUUCACUUGGGUUUUGCAAGUGACCACUGGGGAGUCAGGUGCUCGUUAAAAGUGUCUUCGGAAAGGCCGCAACCAUCGAUCGAAGAAACUACAAAACCAACUGUCGCUAUGCAGCUAACUCCAGGCCCAGAAAGCCUCGCCAAACCUUCAGAGUUGAGGAAGUGCCUCGCUGAUCGAAAUAUCAUUCCUUCCGAAAUCGACAUGGAAACGAGGGAGCAAGCCUUGCAGCUUCUUGAGGACAUCUUGUUGGAGGAUGGAUCAGAGGCCACUAUGUAUCAGAGUCGACUGGGACAACGGUUUGUGAUCGUUCCUGUUGGCUCCUAUGGCUUAGGCGUCUGGACCACAUCCUCGGAUAUUGACUGCCUCUGUAUCGGCCCUAUCAGCACAAAGACUUUCUUCGCUCUAGCUCGCCAGAGGCUCCGGAAGGCCAGCUCGAGAGACGUCAAACUUCUUAGGCAGGUUAAUGCAAACUCUGGAACGAUGCUCGAACUAGAAGUUCUCGGAAUCAAGAUGGAUUUGCAGUACUGUCCAUCAGCACUCAUAGCCGAGACUUGGCCCCAAGCUAUGAAACUGCCUCCAAGUAGCCCUGUAUUCACGCUGCCGACACAAACACUGGCCAAGCUGAAGCCUGUUCGCGAUUUGUAUUACCUCCGACAUACGCUACCGGAUCUUGCCGCCUUCAGGUUCGCGUUUCAUGUAAUCAAGGCUUGGGCGAGGCAAAGCGGUAUUUACUCAGCUCGAUUUGGAUAUCUGGGCGGGAUCCAUAUAUCGAUUCUACUUUCUCGAGUCUGCAAAUUACUUGCCAAGGAUGGAGGUUCUGCCUCUGUACCGUCCAUCAUCACAACGUUCUUCCACCAAUAUGCCAACUUUGAUUGGAAGAACCAGAUGGUAUUUGACCCCUUCUUCCAUAAACGCCUGCGCUAUGUAAGGACGUCUCGAGAGCCUCUGGCAAUUCUUGGAUUUCAUUCGCCUGCACUCAACACAGCUCACACGGCCUCGCUGCCCUCAGUGCGUACCAUUUCCGAGGAGCUUCAACGCGCAAACCAGCUCUUGUCGACAGAGGGUGCUCAGUGGUCCGAUUUCCUGGGUGAGAAAACUUCGGAUGGCUCUGCUGCUUUCCUGAAGAGCUUCAAGUCUUAUAUCAAGAUUGACGUGCAAUUCUGGGGUGUCUCCCUAGACCUUCAUCGCCGACUUCCGACCAUACACGCGAGAAUAUGGCCAGCACGGUUCGUCAAUGUCGACCAAGAGUCUUCUGACGAGGACAAGGAGUAUCAAGGAUACUAUCUAGUGGGUUUAGAUCAAAACGACGCAUCAUCGCCAGCCAUGUCCAAGGAGGACUUAAGGAUUGCGUUCGGUUCUCUCCAGACGGCGUUGCACAAGUUCGAGACGCAACUCAGGAGCGACGAGAAGUAUUUCGAUCCUAAAACAUCCUGGAUGAGCGCAUCAGUUGUUAAUCAGUCUCAAAUCGGUGACUUGAAACUUGACCACCGCGAAUGGGGAGAGUAUACGCUCGGGGAUGAUGAGGAAGAGGAUGAUGAGGAUGAGGAAAUCCUUGAUGCCACAGAAGACUACAGCGAGGCUGAUUCAUCAACUUCAAGGAAAAAGAAGGCCAUCGAGAAGGAGCUGCCCGCCAGACCGGCGUAUUCUGGGAAGUUUCGAUCUUCUGCCGAUGUGAUUAACCGCAUCCGCUGGGACCCCAACAUGGACAGCAGUGACUACAUAGUCGGUUAUGAGGACCGUUUCUUGGGAAUCAUGGAGAGAGAGUUGGAUCAGUGGAAAGCAGAGCAGACUGACGAGGAAUUUAUCCCCCAACACCGCAUAAUGUUUUUCAAGCGCAAAAGCGAUGCGGUUGUUGUUUGGGACCGGCAGUCGAGGAGGGAUCAUAUAUUUGGGAGUGGCGUUAAGGACGAAUAG